UCAAAAUUACAUGUGACUAUAUACUGUAGUGUGAUAUGUACGCUGCCCGUUUUGCAGGGACAGUCUCUCUAUUACCAAGUGAAGAACAGCUCAUCAUACAGGGGCGAUUUCACCAAUCUUAUAUGUAUGCCAUCGUAAGUAGAAAGAAAACUUUCCCGAACAUUUUGCAAUGUAGGGGGUGCAAAUUUGUGACCCUUACUGUUCCUUUUUACUUCAAACAAACGAAGUAGCUUUUGAAAAACUAGUUCACUUGUUUGAAAAAAAAGAGGGUUAAAAGGUAUCCUAAGGAUUACCCAAUUACACCCCUACUGGGAUGCACACAACACAAUUUUAUUCAUGCUGCGCCAAAUUAAAUCUCAAGCCCAAAAACAGUGUGCAAGUAGCAAAAUUGUGUUGGCCGAGCAAUUCUAAUACAUACUUGAAUUUGCUUUUGUGAAUUUAGUUGUACUGCAGAGGAUCUUAACGGCACCGACGUGAAAGGGGUCAUCCUGUUCUGCAAUGACAAAGGGGCCACUUUCCUCCAGGCGGCGCAAUACAUCGUCGACAAUGGAGGAUCUGGACUCAUUGUCUCGCCAACCAUUGUGGAUGACCUGUUUAACAUUGCAGAAGCUUGCCAAGGCAUCGCCUGCGUAGUUGUCGACAUCGCCGAUGCGGACAAGAUAUGCCAAUACUACGACGACUCAAGCUCUCCUCUUGCAAAGAUUGAACCUGCGUGCACCGUUACGGGCAAUGAGAUACUAGCCCCAAAAGUGGCGAGCUUCUCCUCCAGAGGCCCAUCGCUUACUUACCCGGCCAUUCUCAAGGUGUGUACCGUGCCAGCUGCAAGACCUUGUAUAUAUCAUCACACCUCAAGUUGUUGUGGUUUUUCUUCCUUAACAGCCUGACAUAGCUGCACCUGGAGUCAACAUCUUGGCAGCAAAAAAAGAUUCCUACGCAGUUUUGUCAGGGACGUCCCAGGCAGCCCCUCAUGUAGCAGGCAUCGUCGCCCUGCUGAAAGUCCUGCACCCAGACUGGUCUCCCGCGGCACUAAAAUCAGCCAUCGUCACCACUGCCCAUGUAACCGAUGAACGCGGCAUGCCAAUAUUGGCGCAAGGGUCAUCGCUGAAGAUCGCUGACCCGUUCGACUAUGGAGGAGGGAACAUAAAUCCUUAUGGGGCGGCUCAUCCCGGCCUCAUCUAUGACAUCGAUCCAAGCGACUACAGCAAGUUCUUCAAAUGUGCCAUCAGCACCAAGAGGAUGCCUGUGACGUGCAACACCACCACCACGCUACCGGCGUAUUACAUCAACCUACCAUCCAUCUCGGUUCCCGAUCUCAGGCAUCCCAUCACCGUGUACAGGACGGUGACCAACGUCGGCGAGGUCAAUUCUGUGUACCAUGCCGCAGUGCAGAGCCCGAUGGGAGUCAAGAUGGAGGUCAUCCCACCUGUUCUUAUAUUUGAUGCUGCUAACAAAGUUCAAACAUAUCGGGUGAAGCUGUCACCUAUGUGGAAGUUGCACGGGGACUACACGUUUGGUAGCCUUACUUGGCAAAAUGACCAAAAGGCAGUAAGGAUUCCAGUUGUGGCCCGGAUUACAAUUCAAGAAAUCUAGGCGGAUGUUGCAUAAUGAAAUAAAAAUACCAUUUCCAAAUUUUCAAUAAAAUAUAGACCCGCAUGGCAGUGACUAGGAAACCAUGCAUGCCACCUGACGUGGGCCCCUCUCUCUCAUGACAUGAGGUGUUUGAAAUUGUAUUACCGAUGAGGAUGAGUUGCAAAAGUCAAAAGGAUAAUUAUAAAUAUGUUA